AUGGAAUUAUCUGAUACUUACAAAGCAGAGCACUUCACGAAGUUCUCGGAUACUUUAAAGGAAUAUAGAAUUGAACAGAAUAAUGAGCAAAACCCCACUGACCCCUUCAACAUUAUAAGAGAGUUUCGCUCAUCCGCUGGGCAACUUGCUUUAAAAUUUGCCAAUUCAACAGACCAGCAAAAUCUCAUAUCUUCUACGGAUUGGGAACUGGAGGCCAGAUUUUGGCAUUUAGUAGAACUGUUAAUGGUUUUUAGAAACGCUGAUCUUGAUCUCGACGAGAUAGACCUUCAUCCUUAUAAUUCAAGGGCUUUAUUCAAAAAAAAAUUAAUGCAAGGGAAUACUGAUCUUUAUCAAAUAUGGAUUGUGAUGGUUUGGCUGAGGGAAAAUACACAUGUAGAAGAUAGACCUAAAAAUAUUCCAACUUCUAAAUGGUCAAAUAGUAUUACUUCUGGGGGAUUGAAGAGUUGUGACUUGGAUUUUCCCUUACGUGAAAAUAACAAUGUCCUUGAUGUUAAAGAUAAAAAAGAAGAUCAUAUCUUUUUUAAGUACAUUUACGAGCUUAUUUUAGCUGGUGCAGUUGAUGAAGCAUUAGAGGAAGCAAAACUGACUGAUAACAUUACAAUUUGUAUGAUAUUGUGCGGAGUUCAGGAAUAUUUAAAUCCCGUCAUCGAUAAACAGAUUGCAAAUGAAUUCGAUACUCAGCAAGGAAUCAAAAAGCACUCUUUGUGGAGGAGAACUGUUUUCAGUCUUUCGCAACAGCCAGGAUUGGAUCCUUAUGAAAGGGCAAUAUACUGCUACUUAAGUGGUGAUAUUCCAAGCCAAGAAAUUUUGCAAUAUUCAGAUUGGGAAUCUGAUCUUCACCUAUAUUUAAAUCAGAUAUUACAGAUUGAAAUUGAAAAUUACCUUUUAAAAAAUAAUCAAAUAAGUACUGAUGAAUUGAUCCUACCAUUACCCUCUCAUGCAUUAACUGUACAAGAAGUGCUUAACAGAGUGGCAGCAAGACACCCUUCAGAAAGUGAACACCCCAUCAGAGUUUUAAUGGCAUCCGUUAUACUAGAUUCUCUACCAUCCGUUAUUCAUUCAUCUGUAGAAAUGCUCCUUGACGUUGUAAAAGGAACAGAAACAAGUAACGAUAUCAUAGAUAAGCCUUAUCUUCUGAGAAUAGUGACACAUUUAGCCAUUUUCCUGGACAUAAUCAACCCAGGUUCUGUUGAAGAGGUUGACAAAUCCAAACUGAUUACCACAUAUAUCAGUCUCCUAAAACUACAAGGGCUUUAUGAAAAUAUUCCAAUAUACGCUACUUUUCUCAAUGAAUCAGACUGCUUAGAGGCAUGUUCUUUCAUAUUAUCUUCUUUAGAGAAUCCACAGAUAAGGCAAAAACAAAUCGAAAUAAUCAACUUUUUGAAACUACCUGCCUCAAAUAUUUUGAGAAGAACCACCCAGCGUGUUUUUGAGGAAACAGAGCACGAAUAUUCACCAUCUAACGAAAUCUCCAUAUCUUUCGAUGUAAACAACAUUGAUAUGCACUUGAUAUGUGGUGUGGAAUGGCUUAUUGAAGGAAAGCUUUACGUGGAUGCUGUCCACUCCAUAAUCGCCCUAUCGAGAAGGUUUUUAUUAAAUGGCCGUGUCAAGGCUCUUGAGCAAUUUAUGAAAAGAAACAGUUUUGAAAAAAUAUGCAAGAAUUAUGAGUUAGAGAAAAUAGCUGAAAACAUUUCUGGAAAUGGUGAUGAAAAAGAAGAUCAAUUUUUGAAAGAGAUAACUCAAUAUGAGCAUCUGAUCCAAGGUAUAGAGAAAUAUGAAGAAUGGCAGAAAUCCGUCAGUUUAUUAAAUUCAGAAUCGAACAUUCCCACUUUAAUAGAGAAAUUGCAAGGAUUUUCAAAGGAUACAUUUGAGUUGAUCAGGUCAUUUUUAGUGGAGUUAACUUCUAUGGACCUUAUCAAUUCGAUAGAUUAUGAAAUUCUCUAUGAAAUUAGAGCCCUAUAUACUCCAUUUCUAAUAAUGGAAUUGCAUAAAAAAUUAGUGGAAGCCGCCAAGUUGCUGAAGAUUCCAAAGUUUGUCUCAGAAGCUCUGGAGUUUACCUCAUUGGUUGCUAAUGAGAACGACAAGAUUUAUCUAUUAUUCCAAUCCAGUGGAAAAUUGAAAGAAUAUCUGGAUCUCGUUGCUCGCACGGCUACGCUUCUGAAUUGA